UCAGACGUGGAUCAAGUAGACAUAGUGUGGAAACUUUGCUACGGUGUCGUAGCUGCACCACAGAGCAACACUACAAAUUUAUUCAAUCAUUUGAAGAGCGCUCACAAAGUGACAUACGAUCAAACAAUGAAGGAGCAUAGAGAAAAACUCUCAACAACACCUGCUUCAUCCUCACAGACCUCCAUUCACGCUACCCUGUACAACGCGACUAAAUAUCCCACCAGCUCCCAGAGACACAAGGAGAUAACAAACGCAGUAACGUUUUUCCUCGCCAAAGAGCACUGCUCAAUUAACACAGUGAACAACCCCGGCUUUAAGAAACUAAUCAACACUUUGGACAAACGGUAUAACUUGCCAUCUCGUCACUAUUUUAGUCGAGUGGCGAUUCCCGCUUUAUAUGAUGAGUGUCAUGAUGGUGUCGCAAAGGAAGUGGCUACAGCCCAAUAUUUUGCCACCACAACGGACCUGUGGUCAAGCCGCACCAUGGAGCCGUAUUUGAGCCUCACGGUACAUUUCAUUGACAUGGAUUUCAACAUGAAAACGAAAUGUCUCCAGACAUCAUUUUUCCCAGAAGACCACACAGGGCAGAACAUAGCUGCAGGUCUGAAACAAGCACUGGCUACGUGGGAUCUGGAGGAGAGUAAACUCGUCUGUAUAACCACAGACAACGCUGCAAAUGUCAUGCUGGCUGCACAACUGAAUGGCUGGAUGAGGCUCCAGUGCUUUGGGCACAGAUUACAUUUGGCCAUAGAAAGAGCCAUGAAAGAUCACAGGAUUGAGCGUGCAGUGGGGGUCUGCAAACAAGUGGUCAGCACCUUUUCAUUCAGUUGGAAAAAAAGGAAAGAGCUGAAAAAGGCACAGAUAGACCUCAAACUGCCAGACCACUCCUUAAAGACUGAGUGUCCAACCAGAUGGGGAUCUAGGCAGGCCAUGGUUUCCAGAGUCCUCGAGCAGCAGAAGGCCAUUGCCCGUGUCCUCUCCCAAGACAGAGGAACCAGGCACCUCAUCCCCUCAUGGCAGGACAUUGAUGUCCUUGAGGCCAUCAACAAGACCCUGGGACCUUUGGUUGAAUUCACUGAUGCACUUUCUGGAGAGAAAUAUGAGGCUGCAGUGAUGGGGACACCCGUUGGUAACACGGAGGUUGCUGAUAAUGGUGCAUCAAACCAAAAGAAGAGGAAAAAGGGCCUAAGCAGCUUCUUUAAGGCCCCUCACAGCACAGCUCCAGGUGCAGAACAUGCUCUUCAACUGGAACAGGCCAUAGCUUUUGAGCUUCAGGCCUACCUCCAGGCAGGGACCCUGGACACAGAGGAAGACCCACUGGGGUGGUGGAAGCUAUCGCAGAACCUCUUCCCAUGACUCUCCAUCCUGGCAAAGAAAUAUCUUUGCAUCCCAGCCACAAGUGCCUCAUCAGAAAGGGUCUUCAGCACUGGUGGAAAUGUUGCCAACUGCCUGCGUGCAUCCCUGAAGCCUGAUCAUGUCAAUAGGCCGGUGUUUUUGGCUAAAAACCUUUGAGAGGUUGCAGGAACCAUGUUUUGUUGAGCCAUUUUGAGACUGUAUGGGACUUGGGCCUACUAGCUUUUAUUUAUUUCUUAUAAAAGGUACUACUUUCAGUGUUUCAUUUUAUUUUUGUUCAGGCAGCAACUUUAGUUGACAUACCUCAAUGUCAGUUUGAUGCAAUUGUGCAUUUUGUGGCUACACAGCUUGCCUUGAUGUUUGGUUAUUUGUAUGCAUAAAUAUUAUGCAGCAGUUUGAAGUUCACUAAACAUAGAUGUUUACAUUUUUCAUUUAUUUUUUAUAUUGCAAACAUUUGCACUGUUAUCAGUAUUUGCACACUAUUUUAUAUUAUUUUUGACAAUCUUUAAAGCCAUUAUUCAAUACAUUGUUAUUGUUAAAUAAAUAUCGUCAAAUAAUCGAGAUCUCAAUUUCAGUGAAAAUAAUUGUUCAUUUUUGCCAUAAUCGAGCAGCCCUAAUUGAAAGUGUGUUGAUAUCCUGCAUCUGUGUGUGGUUCUCCAGCUGCACCACGGCACACAAAAAAGCACUUCAGAGGGUCAUUAAUAUGGCCCAAAAAAUCAUUGGACAUCCUCUUCCCUCCCUGAAGGACCUGUACAGCACUAUUGUACUAGGUAUGACUGUGCAAUGACAAUAAAGAGUGAUCUCUUAUCUCUAACCCUGGUUCUCAAAGUAGCAUGAGUGAGAUAUCUCAGCAGACAGCCCUUCUUGCUGGGCAAAGCUUUCAGUUAUUGUAAUAGUGAAAGCUAUUUAAAGGGGGCCAGGAUGAAAGUGAAACUGAGGAGGUUAAGAAUCUCUUUGAGCUCAACUCCAGAUCCUCCUGUUCACGUCCCCUAACUAAAUAAAGACCCCCAAAUUUCCUGAUGUAUCCAUCCAUGCGAACACUUAGAAUAACAUACUGUAUGAAGCCGUUAUUGUUUCCGUUUCCUUUCAAAUAACCAAGGCGAUCAGCUUUACCUUAGCCCACAUGUUACCUAUCUUAAAGAACUAAAACUAAUGCAGAGCAUCAGCCGUAUGCAUUUCUCUUCCCUUCAUCCCUC